AUGGAUCGUAGUCUCGACGAGAUCAUCGCCGAGCGCCCUCAAAAACAGCAACCUCAGGAUCGUGGCCGUCGUCCUCCUCAAGGCCGUCCUUCCCAAGGCCGUCGCCGUGAUGGCGUAAGAAAGUCUUACAGAGAAGAUCGCCCCGACUUGGAUCUCGAUUGGGUUCAUGACAAAUACGAAGACGACAGAGAUGCCCGCCCGUCCCGUGCCUCUCGACGCCCGCGCGGUGACCGUUACUCUCCCGAGCACGAACACGCGUCUACCGGAGCCAAGCUUCGUGUCGAGAAUAUCCACUACGAUAUCAACGAGACUGACCUGGAGGAUCUUUUCACCCGCAUCGGACCUAUCAGCAAUGUUUCCCUCGUCUACGACCGGGCCGGCCGCUCCGAGGGCGUUGCCUUUGUAACCUACAACCGUGUCAGCGACGCGCGCACAGCCAUUAGCGAAUUUGACGGUGCCAACGCUAAGGGUCAGCCCAUCCGGUUGACACUCAUUGGUAGUGGUGGCAGCAGCGGAAGACGAGACCGCAACCCUUUUGACAACGUAGAACGUCCCAAGGGUAGCCUGUUCGACCGUGUGGAGCGCCCCCGCGAUCGUAACGCUCGCAGUCUGAGCCCUGGCAGCAGAAGCGGUAGCCCCGACGGCAACUCCCGGCGUCGUCGCGGUCGUCGUGGCGCCGGUGGUGGCGGUGGUGGUGGUUACCGCCGCAGCGACGUCACCAAGCCGCCUCCCGAGCACAUCGACAGAUACGUUCCUGGCCAAAGAUCUCCCGCCCGCAGACCUGCCAAUGGUGGCAGUGGUGGUGGUGGUAGACGUCAGCAGGGCGAGCGCGAUACUCGCGGUGGGGAGGGCCGUCGCACGGUCAACGGUCGACCCCGCAAGACCCAGGAGGAACUUGACGCCGAGAUGGACGACUACUGGGGUGGUUCGGCGAACGCCGGUGCUGGCGCGGCCGAGAACCAGACGGUUCCGGAUGAGCCGCAGCAGAUUGCUCCUGCGUCUGCGGCAGCAGCUGGAGACGAUGACAUUGACAUGAUCGAGUAA